CAUACCUGUAUAUUGAUAUUAUUUCAGUUGUUUGCUAGAUGAAAAUUCCUCUUUAUCUCAUUACCUGGAUGAACAUCUUGCAUCUUGUAUCUUCUAAGAAAGAAGAGUCGCCGAGCAUCCAGAAGCUGAAAGCAACAUGUAAAGACACAGCAACAUGUCCUGUCUCCUUCCCCAAGGAGGAUCUACAGGACCGACUUACACCUAUACAAUACAAAGUUACACAGGAAAAAGGGACUGAAAGGCCUUUCACAGGACAAUAUGUGAAUCAUAAAGAUGAGGGGUCGUAUCGUUGUGUGGUGUGUGGAAAUCGAAUUUUCUCAUCAGAUACCAAGUUCAACUCCCACUCGGGAUGGCCUUCCUUCUCAGAUGUCCUUGACAAAGAAAGUGUAACCCUGUCUGAUGAUACUUCACAUGGAGCGAAACGAGUAGAAGUAAAAUGUGCCGACUGCAUGGCACAUCUCGGUCACUUGUUUGACGAUGGACCGAAACCGACCGGUGUACGUUUCUGUGUAAACUCAGCUUCCUUAGACUUCAAAAAAGAGACAACUGUAUGACGAAGGUCGUGAUGCUGUCAAUGAGAUUUGUUUGAAUAUCAUAACAUUACUGCUGAAUAUUACAAUAUUGCCAUGGUAACACACACUGUUGUUAGUACAUCAAAAAACAUUUUUAAAGUUGUUUAUUCAUAUCAUAUAUGGAUCAAAGAUGAACUAUUUUAGUAUUGCUUAUGUUGCUAAUCCAUUUUGUAAAUAAUUGGCAGAAGUAUUAAGGUAGGGGUUUAAAUAGCUACAGUGGGUUGUUAGCUAAAACUGGUUAGAAAAUUCAAGAACCGAUAUCCGAGGAUAUUAUAUAAGA